AUGGUGGCCACAGACGCUAUUUGUGGCAGCACUGAAAAAGUCACCGUGGUUGGGGAUCUGUCCAACCACAACGACGAAGAGCUCAACCCUAUUCUCGCCGCAAGACGCCGCAUCCGAUACAUCGACGAUGACGAGGAGAAUGGUGGUCCAUCUGCCGUCAUCGACGUUGGCCAUCCGCUGAAGAGGCGAGGCUCAACCUACUCUGUACAUUCACUCUCCAGCGUCCGCAGCGGACAGCGCGUCGUCGACCCCUCCGUCAUCCUGCCAGUUCAAUACCGCACUCUUAGCUAUGAUAUCACCAAUGUCAAGGCAAUCGAGAGUGCAACGAACGCUCGUGAAAAGGCCGCAGUUGACGUGGGAGGCCUUGAGUGGCAUUUACUCACCCCUCGAGAGAUUUGCAUUCGGUUGAAGACUUCUACAGACACCGGUCUCUCGCCUUCCGCUGUGAAAGAAAAGAUUGCUGAAUAUGGUCGCAACGUGCCCUCCCCUCCGCCGUCGAAGUUGGGCGAGAAGCUGUUCGGCUAUUUCUUUGGAGGGUUUGGCUCUAUUUUGCUGGGCGGCAGCGUCCUCGUCUUCGUCUCGUGGAAGCCUUUGGGCCAACCGCCUGCGGUGGCCAAUCUUGCACUGGGCAUCGUCCUUGCGGCCGUCUUCUUCAUCCAGGCUGCAUUCAACGCCUGGCAGGACUUUUCGUCGUCCAGGGUCAUGAAAAGCAUCACUGGAAUGCUGCCUGAAGCCUGCCGCGUUCUCCGCGAUGGAAUCAAGCAAACCAUCCAAGGCCCUGACGUUGUUCCCGGUGACGUCCUCUACUUCAAAGCUGGCGAUAAACUGCCCGCCGACAUCCGAUUCAUUGAUGUCUCGACGGAUGCCAAGUUUGACAGGAGCAUCUUGACUGGAGAAUCGCUUCCAUUGGCUGCUGUCACCGAGUCUCACGAGCCCAACUACCUCGAGACAAGGUGUAUCGGCAUGCAAGGCACUCACUGUACCUCCGGUAGCGGCGUCGGCAUCGUUGUGUCUACUGGCGACGAGACUGUCUUUGGCCACAUUGCCAGAUUGACCAGCCAGCCCUCAACCGGCAGGACGAAUCUACAGAAAGAGGUGCUGCGCUUCGUCUUCAUCAUUGUCGGCCUGAUGGUCUUCAUGAACAUCAUUGUCAUAGCAGUCUGGGCCGGGUACAUACGACAAGAACACCACAGCUAUAUCAACGUACCCACCCUCAUUGUCGACAUCGUCAGUGUGGCCAUUGCAUUUGUCCCUGAGGGCUUGCCCAUUGCCCUCACGGCGUCGCUCACAAUCACGGCCAACAUCAUGAAGAAGAACAACAUUCUCUGCAAGUCGCUGAAGACAGUCGAGACUCUCGGUUCCGUUUCCGUCCUCUUGUCCGACAAGACCGGGACGUUGACGAAAAAUCAAAUGGUUGUGACCGAUUGUCUGAUCGGGUUCAGCACCAUGACCGCGGAAGAAGCAUCUCAAGACAUGGCAAUGGAAGAUACUAACGCCAAGUCGAAGAAAGUCGCACUUCAACAAUUGCGGGUGUUGUCAGCGGUAUGCAAUGCUGGAGAGUUUGAUCCGACCACGAUUCAUCUCCCCCUGCCACAGAGAAAAAUCAUCGCAGAUGCAACCGACCAAGCCAUCUUGCGGCUCUCUGAGAGUCUUGGUCCUGUCACGCAGUCCCGCGACAUGUGGCGCAAGAGAUUCGACCUGGCCUUCAACUCGAAGAAUAAAUUUGCAUUGCGGGUCGUUUCUCCCGAGAAUGCGGCGGCGGUUUCAGCAACCAUGAGUACCUCUGAAACAGACUCCUUUGACGUUGAGAGCGACUUGUUGUUGAUGAUCAAGGGUGCCCCGGACAUUCUUCUUCCCAGAUGCUCGAGGUACGUCGGAGAAGAUGGCCGGGUCCACGGUCUCGAUGACGGCGUUCGAUCAUCCAUGGAAGCCACCAAAGAUGCAUGGUCUAGCCAGGGCAAACGAGUCCUUCUGCUAGCCCGCAAGAUUCUUCCGGCGAGCACGGUGCAAUCGGCGCCUAAUGACAACACAUUCGAGGCAGAAGCUCUACGGCACGCCGGAGCUGGACUCACUCUGAUAUCCAUGGUGGGGAUUGUUGAUCCGCCUAGAGAUGAGGUGCCGAGUGUUAUCCAGACUCUUCGCCGUGCAGGCAUUCGCACAAUGAUGGUCACUGGCGACUUCAAGUUGACGGCCCAAGCCAUCGCUCGGUCGUGCGGUAUCAUCACCGUCACCGACAGUGAGAUUCAUUCGGUUGACAACCUCCCUCGAUUCCCCCUUCAAGACGUAGUCGAGAAGACGCGCCAGAAAAAGUCGAACCGGCUGCCCUCGGAGAACAAGGCUAUCGUAUUGACGGGCUCUGACCUGUUGACGCUCCUCCCACACCAAUGGUCCACCCUUACGACCCAAUACAGCGAGAUUGUCUUUUCACGCACGACGCCGGACCAGAAGUUGCGCAUCGUCCGGGAAUUCCAGUCCCAAGCUUUCGUCGUGGCAAUGACCGGCGAUGGUGUCAACGACGCCCCCAGUCUCAAACAAGCAGAUAUCGGUAUUUCCCCCGCUUCCGGAUCUGAUAUUGCGAUCGAAGCGUCCGACAUGGUUCUCUUGGGCUCGUUCUCCGCCAUUCCGGAGGCCGUCUUGUACGGCCGCGUGGUCUUCGACAACCUCAAAAAGACCAUCGCGUAUCUUCUGCCCGCAGGUUCAUUCUCGGAGUUCUGGCCGGUGAUGACGAGCGUCGUCUUCGGUCUCCCUCAGGUCCUCUCCAGCUUUCUCAUGAUCAUCAUCUGCUGUUUCACCGACUGCGUCGCUGCCACGAUGCUCGCGUACGAGAAGCCCGAGGCCAAUGUCAUGCUGCGCCCGCCACGGGAUAUCCACAAAGAUCGUCUCGUGGAUUGGCGGCUGUUGCUGCAGGCGUACGGCUUGGUCGGCAUGCUGGAAUCGAUCUGCUCGUUCGCCAUGAGCUUUUGGUACCUACAACGCCAUGGCCUUCCGUUCGGCACGCUGUGGUUCUCCUUCGGCAACAUUCCCAUUCCAGCGGGUCAGACCGAGGCCGAUGUGUCGUACCACCUGACUGUGGCAAGCUCGAUCUACUUCGUCACGCUCGUGGUGAUGCAGUGGUUCAAUGUCAUGGCCCUGCGAACCCGCCACCUUUCCAUCUUCUCGCAUCCACCCAUAUUCAACUCCAAGACACGGAACCUGCUACUUUUCCCAGCCAUUCUCUUUGCUCUUGUCGUCGCACUGAUAUUCACCCUUGUGCCGGGCAUAGACUACCUUGGAUGCGAGAAAGUCCCGGUCGAACACUGGUUCAUUCCCAUGACAUUCGGCAUCGGGCUCUUGAGUCUGGACGAGUUGAGAAAGAUGGUUGUGAGGAAAUAUCCCAACGGCAUCGUAGCGAAGAUAGCGUGGUAA